AUGGGAGGGAGAAGUCAAAUUGAAGGGGGAAGUGUGUGGUGUAACCGAAGAGAGAAAGGGAGAAAAAACGUGGACUUACAGGCAAGGAACAUCAGUCUUCAACCAGGAAGAAAGGGAGAGGACAGAGGGAGGGGGAAAAGUUGUAUUUAGGGGACUCGGGCUCAACUUUGCUAUUAGGACAACAAUUAGUUAAAGUUGAGCUUAAAUUCUUAUUUUGUUAUUCAAUAAGGAACCUUUAUUUCGAGCCCCUGUGAGAGGACACACAACUGAAAGCAGCAGCGAUGGCGCCCACUCUCGUCCAGGCCUACAGGAGGCGCUGGUGGAUGGCGGUGACAGCGGUAAUUGAAAACCUGCUGUGUUCGGCUGUGCUGCUGGGAUGGGGCUCCCUGCUCAUCAUGUUAAAGAGGGAAGGCUUCUACUCUCACCUGUGCUCAGAAAAUGACACAGCGCACACGUCUUUGGGUAACUCCUCUGGCCAGAAGGUUGAGGAGUGGGUCAGCUGUGUGGACCAGGAAGAGAUGCUGAAUCUGGGCUUCACCAUCGGUUCCUUCUUGCUUAGUGCCACCACCCUCCCGCUUGGUAUCCUGAUGGAUAAGUUUGGACCACGUCCCAUUCGACUGGUUGGAAGCUCAUGCUUUGGUCUGUCCUGUAUUAUGAUGGCCACCUCUGCCUACAAGACCGACAUCCUCUCAGCGCUCAUCUUCCUGGCUCUUUCUCUGAAUGGCUUCGGAGGCAUCUGCCUGACCUUCACCUCCAUCACGCUCCCCAACAUGUUUGGUGCCCUGAGCUCCACCAUAAUGUCUCUGAUGAUCGGCUCCUACGCUUCCUCUGCAGUCACCUUCCCUGGAGUCAAGGCCAUCUACGACGCAGGCGUGUCGUUCACGGUGAUCAUGUGGACGUGGGCGGGUCUUGCCACAUGUGUCUUCAUAAAUUGUUUUGUAAACUGGCCCAAAGAAGGUUUUCCAACACCUGAAGAGGUGGACUACAGUAAGAUCCUCCAUGUUCAAGAGCCACCUUCAUCUGAGCAGAAGGUUGUUGGUGAGAGACUGAGCCACCAAAACGGAGACAUCCGACGCUCCACAGAGAAGCUUGCUAAUGGACAUGAGGUUGCACCCAAUGCGGUUCCUUUCCGUCGGUCUGUGUUUUCUCCCAUCUUCCUCUGGAGUCUGGUUACCAUGGGGAUGUCCCAGUUGAGAAUCAUCUUUUAUAUGGGGGCAAUGAACAAGAUGCUGGAGUUCCUGAUCACCCAUGGAGAAGAGCACCCGUCUGGCAAGCUAGCCAAGGAGGCAGAAGACAAUGUGGGUUUCUACUCGUCCACCUUUGGCAUGCUACAGCUGUUGUGUCUGGCCACAUGUCCUCUGAUUGGCUACAUCAUGGACUGGAAGAUGAAGGAGUGUGAAGAGGAUCAGACAGUCCCCUCAGGCAGACAAGAGAGGCUCACCAGUGGACCCAAAAGAGACCGUAAGAUUCAGAAGGUGACAAAUGCAAUGAGGGCGUUCAUCCUCACUAACCUGCUGCUAAUUGCAUUUGGAGUCUGCUGCCUCAUCGACAACCUGCCUCUACAGAUCUUGACCUUCAUCCUCCACACUAUGGUCCGAGGCUUCAUCCACUCCUGCUGUGGAGGACUUUAUGCUGCUGUCUACCCGUCCAACCACUUUGGCACGCUGACAGGCCUCCAGUCCAUGAUCAGCGCUGUGAUCGCCCUGCUGCAGCAGCCACUCUUCAUCGCCAUGGUUGGACCAUUGAAAGGAGACCCCUACUAUAUCAACCUCGGCCUGCUGAUCUUCUCGUUUACUGGCUUCCUGUUGCCAGGUUACCUGUUCUACCACUGCAGACAGCUGACGAGGGAAAAGAAGGCCAGAGAAAAGCUGGCUGCCAAUCAGGAGAUGGAGGCGCUCAACCACACCAACGCCAAUGGCUGCAAACCUCACACUAAUGGCUUCGCUGCUAUAGAUGCUUAGAGAACACAACAGCUUAGGAUAGGGGGGGACAGUAGGAUUAGAUAUGAAAUAAGCAACCAUAAAGUUAUGUUAAGUUUUGUUUUUUGUUUUGUUUUGUUUUUUUAAGCUGGUGCUAGUUCUCGUAACAAACCACAUCAGAAAGAAUAUGAUAUCCCACAUGUUUGUAUUUUAGGGAGAUUUGUCAUCACUUGUUUUGUUUUUUUAUUUAUUUUGGUCUAGGUCAAGGAUCAAGUUCGUGUGUUUAAAAAGCCAUGGAUUUCAUUUGAUAUCACAGUACUUGAAAUACUAUGAUAUAGUUUUCUAAGACUUAUAAUCAUGACAAUACUAGUUAACACCAAAGAACUGCUUGAAGAUAUUAAGUUACACUUCCAGUUCACAAGCUUGUGGGGAUAGGUUAAUUGGAUAAUCCAAAUUGUCACUAGGUGUGAAU